CUGUAGAUGACCAAAAGCAAAGAUGGAAGGUGAAAGCAAAGAAGAUAUGAAACAGAAGAGCCUUUUUCUAAAGCUCGAAAAUGUCAAAGAUAGACUUGUUUAUGCAGGCUUGUUAGGAGAAUCUUUUUUACAAGAGAAAGCCGCCGUAGAAAAUGAAAUUAAACAGGCACAAAAUUCUGUGAAAGAAAAUAAUUUGGAACACGACCACGAGAAGGUACAUGAAAUUCGAACUCAGUUACAAGAGCUUGAAGACAGUUUAGUAGCAGAAGAGGCAAAGCUAGUACAAAUAGUAAACUCGAAGUCCUACGGUAUAUCCUCUUCAAAGUUAAACAACGAUAAAGUCAUCCAAAACGCGUUCCCUUAUGAUCAGCCGACGCGUACUGAAACAAAUACACAGUAUGCAGCUACUGUCGGAAAAAAUCUCCUUCAACAGCUUAAAACCCUUCACUAUCGUUUUAAAGAAAAAGAUAAUGAACUUCAAAAAGUUUUGAAAGAAAAUGAUGAAUUACUAUCUCAGUUGGAUUCUCUAAACGAUAGGAUCAAGACUUAUACAAUCGAAAAGUCGAAUAUGACGACUGAUCAUCAAUCACUAGAACAGAAUUCACUAGCCCUGACCGAGAAACUUGCUCAAUCUGAAUCCAUGAUGAAAAUGCAUAUAGGUGAGAAAGAAAAGCUUGCUUUAGAGCUUAAUAGUCUUCGCUUAUCUUUCAAUCAACUACAGUGCUUAUUAAGUAAGACUGAAGGUUUGCAAAAUGGAAAUGAAGUUGAUCCAGUUAAUGAAGAUUCUGCUGUUAAAGUCAAGUUAGGAGAUGCUUCAGAUGUGUUUUUCGAAAGCAAUCCAGCGUUCCAUAAGACUUCUGAUGGAACAGUGGAUCCUGGCUCUCCUACUAAAGAUACUGAGUACUCUUCUUCAUUGAUGUCAUCUAAGAGUUCUGUUUCUGGGGUAGCCUUACGGCUUAGUGGAAUGGGCGAUGGAGUUAUCCAGAAGCGAAUUGAUAAUGUCGACAACAAAGCGCUCAGUAAAGUGGUAGAUCAGCUCAAUUUGCCUGAAAGACCUCCAUUGCUGAAUCUUGGUCUUAGGAAUCUAGAAGAACUAUCUGUUAAACUCAGGAAUUCAAAUCUUCUUGGAGAUAAAUGUGUUCAUUUUCUGUUAACAACGCAUCAGUUUCAAGAAGCCGUUGAAAAUGACUGGAGUAUCAAACAAAUUCCAGGUCUGUCAAUUUCGCAGAACCUGCGUUUGAGCAUUGAUGCGGCAGGUAAUGUCGAAAUUUCCCAACGGGAUGGUCAGACAACUACUGUUGAUAUACCUUACCAACAAACUGAAGUUCUGUCAGAUCAAGGAGGGAAAACACCCUCAAAAGACGUAAUGAAACUUGAAACCACCGUCAAACCUUUAGUUCCUUUAUUAAUAAUUAGUGAAAAUGAUCAGAAAAAUAGGAUAGCAGCCGAAACGCUAACUGAAGCACGACUUCAUGCUCCUACGGCUUCUGAAAGCGGUGCAGAACAUUGUGCUUCUACUAACAAGGAACAGUCUCAACGCCGUCAGGAGUCGGCUCGUGAUGCUGCUGUUAACGCAAAAAGUCCAGUGUUAUUUCGCUUAGGAAGUUUUGAUACAGAACUAAAUAAGGCUGAUAAACCUAAGGCCAUUUCGAAUGAGACUCAGAAUUCGAGAAUUCAGAGAAACCGUGCGAAUUCGGAUAAUGGAUUAGAAUUGGCCACCGCAAAAAGUACUGCUUCCUUACUGUUACAUGACACGAGCACUUACAAGAAAGAUUAUCAUCUUAAGAGAAGAUCCUCGAGCUUUUCGAACCGUUAUCCGAUAACUCGUCGAACGUUAUAUGAAGUAUCUAAAGAUGAACCCCACAGUGUUGGUGUAAAUACUUCUGUACCUCGAAGAUCUGUAAGUAUUUCAAAAGCCAAGAGCAUUCAAGGUUCCAUUAAUGGAAGGACUGUCUAUCCCAAAACAAAACCUUCCAAGGAUUGUGACUGGGAUCAAUGGAACAAACUGAUGUUUGGUAGUAGUAGUUCUCAGCGACCUUCUAGAUCAAGAAGUCUUAUAUUACCCCGUCGAAGCUCUAGUUUUACCCAGUCCAUCCCUGAAGUCAUUAGAAAUUUUGAAGAAAUUCCGUAUUCUCCCACGAUUAUUGAAGAUACCAAUCAACUUAGAAGGAGAAACUCUGGUGUACCAUCAUGGUUUCUAAAAGCCUCUCCGCCGCCUUCGAUGUUUUCUCUUUCAGAAAAAGGAGAAACUGCUUCUUCCCAAUCUGAUAAUUAUGAACCUUACCAGAACAUCGAAACUAGUCAAAGGAAGGAUAAACAGUCUGUACGAAAUACUGGUGAACGUUUCACAGGUAAGAUGGCCGCAAUUUCUGUAGUUCCUUUACAUAGCGGAGCUAAAGAGCAACACAAGUCUUUGGAGUAUCUGCAAGGUAUAAGUGAAGAUCUAGCGCAUGUUAUGAUUGGUGACUAUAUUUUUAAGUAUAAGCGCAACAAGUUUGCAAGAUUCUUUUUCAAGACAAUGCAUUUACGAUACGCAUGGAUCCAUCCCUACCAGGAGCGACUGUACUGGUCUGAAAUCAAUCCUUUCAUCGGAAUCAAUAGAAGAGCUGAGAUAAAGUCGGUUAAGAUAAUUGGUUUUGAUAUUGUUUCUGAGAGCUAUUUAGAUGAUCCUGACGCUGUACACGAUCAAAGCAUUAUAGUACUGACUGACGAAAAACCGGUAAAAAUAGCUGCUCGGUCCAAAGAUAUCCAUGAGGUGUGGCUCAAAGCGCUUAGGGAUUUGAAAAUCCGUAAAAAUACUGCAGAGUCAGAUCCCUUAUUCAAACAACGAUAUAAUACCUCCAAUCCUAAGAAGCUUAUGAAACCCAAUAAUUCCAGCAAAUAGAUGUUAUGAAACGACUUAAAAUGUCGGCGAAACCGCCAUGAUGUUUUAAACAUUAAAUCCCUUUGCUAAGUAAGACUAACUGAAUUAAUUACUGGCAGAACAAGAGGCACGAACUGUAAAUAGCUGAACUGCGGUGUUUUUGAUAUUUGAUAUUUGAU